UCAAGUUUCCCUUCUUGUUGGAGGCGUUGGAGGUAAACAAACACCUGUCAUACAUCCAACCAUUAAGGACCUUAACUACAUACAGUAUAGUGAGGAAGGCGGAGCUGUGAAGGAAGAGUCAUGAGUGUGGUGCAGGCGGUGAAGAACUACGUGAGUAAGAUGAUCACGGAGAGUGAGCCGGGCUACAAGAUCAUGCUCAUGGAUAAAGAAACUACGUCCUUUGUGAGUGUGGUUCUUGGCAUGAGUGAGGUGAUGCGUCAGGAAGUGUACAUGUUCGAGCGCCUUGACCAAACUAGCUCGGGAGAAAAUAUGUCUUAUCUCAAGUGCCUGGUGUAUGUCAGACCCACUAAAGAAAACAUUGAUCUGCUUGCACGAGAACUUCAAAAGCCUAGAUAUGGAACCUAUUAUAUAUAUUUCAGUAAUGUUGUAAGUAAGAGCGAUGUGAAACUUUUAGCGGAAGCAGAUGAACACGAGGUGGUACGGGAGGUGCAAGAGCUAUACGCUGACUACCAGGCACUGUCCCCACAUCUCUUCUCACUCCACAUGCCCAUACACUGUCUGGGCUUGAAAUGGGGUGGAGGAGCUUUGCAACGUACAGUUCAAGGUCUGGCAGCUGUUUUAUUCGGCUUACAGUUAUUACCGUCCAUUCGCUACCAGAACAACUCUGAAAUGGCAAGGACUCUUGCAGAGAAUAUUCGGCAAACCAUCCUGACAGAGAGUUCCCUGUACAAUAGCACUGAAGCAGAAGGCAACACUCUGCUUCUCAUCCUUGAUCGCAGAGAUGAUCCUGUCACACCUCUCCUCCAGCAGUGGACAUAUGAAGCAAUGGUACAUGAACUGCUUGGUGUGAAUAAUGGUCGAGUGAGUCUGGCCCAUGUGUCUGGUGUUGCUGAUGACCUAAAGGAAGUGGUCAUGUCACCUACACAGGAUGAAUUCUACUCCCGGAGUAUGUACUUGAAUUAUGGUGAAAUUGGGCAAACAAUCAAAGAUUUGAUGGAGGAGUACCAAAAGAGGCUUUCAAAACAACAGAAAGUGGAGUCCAUCAGUGAUAUGAAGAAUUUUGUGGAGAGUUACCCACAGUUUAAGAAAAUGUCUGGAACAGUGAGUAAACACGUGACGGUGGUAGGGGAGUUAUCUCGUCUGGUGGGCACCCACGGCCUACUGGGUAUUUCUGAGUGUCAGCAGGAACUGGUUUGUGGCUCUGACCACUCUACAAAUCUUCAGAGGAUCUUCCAGUUAGUGACAGACCCAAGAGUUCGAGAGGUGGAUGCUGUGAUACUGGUGAUGCUUUAUGCUCUCCGACAUGAAUGUAAUCCCAGUAAUGAUAUGCGAGGGCUCGUUAGUGCCCUCAAGAAGAGGAACGUCACAGACCGCUACCUCAAGCUUUUGUCAUCUUUGAUGGACUUUGGAGGAGCAAAAUCCCGCCAGAGUGACUUGUUUGGCACGCAGGUUCCGCAGAAUGUAUCCACAAUCAGGAAACGUCUUUUUAAAGGAUUGAAGGGUGUUGACAAUGUGUACACCCAGCAUAAGCCACUAUUGUUGGAGACCUUAAUGGAGCUGGUGAAGGGGCGUUUACGUGAGGGAGCCUUCCCCUUCUGUGGGAACCCACCUUCCUCCACAACAGCCAGACCCAAGAACAUAGUUGUAUUCAUCGUUGGAGGAGCAACCUAUGAGGAAUCUCUCACAGUUCACCAAUUCAACACUAACAACCCUGGAAUGCAUGUUAUUUUGGGAGGUUCCACCAUACACAGUGCCUCCAGCUUUCUAGACUCCGUGGAGUCUGCAAUGGAUGGAAUUCCACGUAAAGCUCUCAGAAUAUGAGCUUCAUAGACUUAUGAAAUGUUAUACAAUUAAGACUGUUACUGGUAUUGAUUAUAAUGGCCAAUGAGGGAGUUGACAGCAAAGUCUCUCUCUCUAUGUAUAUAUAUUAUAAGGACACAAAGCUAACUUUUGUAACAUUUUAUUCACUCACAUCUUGGUCCUUAUACAAACAUAUCGCAUUUAUUUAGAUAUUUGUAGUUCCUUAAUAUAUUUCACCAAUAAUUUGGUUUUCUUUCCUCGUUAAGUAUUUUUAAGCUUUAUCUGAGUCUGAACUCUCAUUGUUUGGUGUAACUCUUAGAGAGUUUAUAAUCUUAGUUUUAAAGAAAUCAUUUUUUUUUUUGGCUAAAUUGUAGCAACAGUAUCGGCUGCAGUAAUUUAGCUAUUUUCUUCAUUAAAAAGAUAAGUAAAUUAUGCUUUUGGCACACCUAUUUUUACAGGUAUCUAAGUUUAAUUUUUCAUUGUUAGUGGCUUAUUUGUGUCUUUGUAGGACCAUCAAACCAUAAUAGAAUCAUCAGUAAGGUGUCAGUGCUUGACUUAAGUACUGAAGAAUCACAAAACAUCAACAGGUGCAAGCUUUAUAUGGAGAAAUAAACUGUAAGAUUCUGUGAUUUUACUAUGUACAAAGUGUAGCAUGAAUAGUUUAAAAUGUGUAGGUGGAAGGUCAAGAAGAUUGACGAAGUGGGGAUGAAGGAACCCAUAGAGUUUAUAUUGUAAGUUUUUUUAAACAAUUAAAUCACCCUCCAGCAGCUUAGUUACAUAAUGUUUACAGACACCCUGUAUGUUUUGAGAUCAACUCAAGUUGAAUCCAUAGUUUGUCCAUUAAGUAUUAUACAGAUGAAGAUUUUGUUCUAGAAAUACCUGUGCUGUAAUAUUAACUAGCCCAGACUAUAAUUGACUGUCAGUUUGGCCAAUGAGUGAUUUUGAAUUAGAGGGGUACAGUACAAAUUAUUAUUAUUAUUAUUUUUUUUUUUUUUCCAGUAUGAAUUUUUAUAUUCUUCAAUUAAUCAAUUACUACUAUAAUUCUGCUACAUGAUACUGGAAAAGAAUUUAAAACAGCUAAGAGACCACGAGUAAAACAGGAAUUUAGUUCUCCUUGUAUAAUAAUAUGUGCAUGUAGAGGACUAUAAAGUCCAUGCAAUUUUGCUUCAGUGGAUCAUUGUAACACUAAACCAAAGCCAGUGAUGUUUUGUUGAGAUGGUGUUUUACGUGGUUCGAGUGCUUUAGAGUGGAAAUCCUAUGGGUUAAAUUUUAUUUCUGUAUGCCCUGUUAAAUACCAAGUUGAUUGCUUUUUUCUUUAAUGUCUUCUUGACUUCUACUGUACAGUACAUGCACAGUAAGACUCCGCUAAGUCGGACUUCCAUAAGUCGGAAACCCCCAUUAGUCAGACUAUGGUCUGUCAUCACUCGUCCUAUACCUCCGAGUCAUAAUUGGUGGUAAACCUCGAUCUGCCACCUCGCGUCCUUGAUUCCAACAGUGAUUAAACCAAGAAAUAAAUGCUAGUUUUAAGUGUAACUGUACAGAUAAAUUUUAUGAGUGAACUAAAUAGUAUAAGUGAAACUACAGUAAAGUAAGUUUAAGCACCCCUCCUUUGUCCUCCAACUCUAAAUUCAUCAAGAUUUGUCUGCUACAGUAAUCUCAAAAUUCAUCUGCUACAAUGUAAGUACAGUACACUAUAAUAAGAAUUGUUAACCUUUUUUGUGAUUUUUCAGUAAAAUGGUGGUCAAAAUUACUGGGGCUGGGUCCACAUAAGACAGACUAGCAUGAGCCCCAUAUAGUUCGACUUGGGAGGGGGUCUUACUUUACUUUGAAAACUAUACUACAUGAUUUAUGAUUAGGGCCAAGUUCCAUGUUUUAAGUUUUAUUUAAUUUGUCAGCACUUAACAUUCCAUUUAGCAUACUGUACACCUGUAUUACCAUAAACACAAACUGGUGACUUAAGACCAGUAAAAUUA